AUGGGGAAGCAAUCAAAUUAUUUGAUGAUGAAUUGCUCAUUAAUCCAGAGCAUAUCAACUCUAUCUAUACAAAAGGUAUAAAUUAAAAUACAAAUGUUUUAGCUGAAUGUUUAAAAUAGCUUAAGAAUUACAAUGAUGCAAUUCUAAGGAUUGAUAAAGCUUAUCUAUAGAUUCAAUUCGUGUCAAUUUGUUAUAUUCAAAAUGUAAAUCAAAACAUCAAUCUCUUAGCCCAAUGCAUAUAUCUGCUUGAUAAUUUUAAUGAUGCAAUUCUAUGGUGUGAUAAGGUAUUAUUGA